UCAAGUGAGCACUCAGCUUUAAGUUAGCUAGUUGUUAAAAUCUCGAUGGACUGCGUUACCGCUUAAAAUUUUUCCAUUAAACACCUUUGGAGUUUCAAUAGGACUACAGCAACACUAAUAAGAACUGUCAUACUUUUGUUGUUCAUCUUCAGUAUCAGUAGUUGAGACAACUAUACCUGUUUUUCUUUUCGCUGCAAAAUGGGCAUUAGCGAAGGUCAUCUGCAGUUGGCAAUUACGUUAACUGUGUCGUAUUAAAUCGUCACACCGUCAGUCUCGAUUGCAAGCGAGCAACCGCGUCGCGUCAGAAGUUUUACGUAACGACGUCUCUGUCGCCGCAUACCUGCCGAGGUUUAACCAAUCGCAGGCUAGCUCAUAUUUUAUAUAAUUGUAAAAUUUUGAGCAGAUACCUGAGCGGCAGCACAAUGCUGACAGCGCUGUGCGUGAAAACCCUACGAGGGAUUCGUCCCUUGCACCGCGCCGCGUCUAGUGUAGUGGAAUUACCCAAAUUCCAAGAUUUCGGUGUUCAAAACGAGCCCGUUCUGGGUUAUCGCGAGGGCAGCACCGAGCGGAAAGAGCUGGCCGAGGAACUAAGACGCACUGCGGCCGUGACCGAAGAAGUACCAAUCGUCAUAGGGGAUGAAUUUAUCAAAGAUGGAGAUGUACAACACCAAGUGAUGCCUCACGACCACGGCAAAAAGCUGGCCAAGUUCUACUAUGCUAGCGAGAAAACGAUCCAAAAAGCUAUUCAGGUAUCUGUGAGUGCUCAAAAGAAAUGGGACCGCACUCCGUUGGAAGAGCGUGUACGUAUCUGGGAGAAGGCGGCAGAUAUGAUGGCGGGAGCGCACCGGCAGCGCCUCAACGCCGCAACGAUGCUCGGGCAGUCCAAGUCUGUUGUGCAAGCUGAAAUCGACUCGGCUGCAGAACUCAUUGAUUUCUUCAGAUUCAAUGUGUUCUUUCUUAAAGAAAAUGCAAAAUAUCAGCCAAUUUCUGAAAACCCUACAAUAACCAGGAACAGUAUGAGGUUCAGAGGAAUUGAUGGGUUCAUUGCAGCUAUCAGCCCAUUUAAUUUUACUGCCAUUGGAGGCAAUUUAGCUUAUACCCCUGCCCUGAUGGGCAAUGGUGUUGUGUGGAAACCAUCAGAUACAGCUCUGCUUUCAAACUGGAGGAUAUUCAACAUCAUGAGAGAGGCGGGCUUGCCGGCCGGAGUUGUUAACUUUGUGCCCGCUGAUGGGCCAACCUUUGGGCGCACAAUCACUUCAUCACCUGACCUUGCAGGUAUUAAUUUUACUGGUUCUGUACCAACUUUCAAUUGGCUAUGGAAUGAAGUAGGGAAAAACCUCAACCGUUACAAAAACUAUCCACGAUUGAUAGGUGAAUGUGGAGGAAAAAAUUAUCAUUUUGUUCAUCCAAGUGCAGACACUAGGUCAGUUGUGACUGCCACAAUCCGUUCAGCGUUUGAGUAUUGUGGGCAGAAAUGCUCCGCUUGCUCCAGGAUGUAUAUUCCGAGGUCCUUGUAUGAACCUAUUAAACAAGGUUUACUGGAGGAGAGAUCCAAACUAAAAGUUGGAAAUCCAAAUGAUUUCUCUAUAUUUACUGGUGCUGUAAUUGACAACAAGGCUUUUGACAGAAUUACCGGUUACAUCAAAGGUGCAAAGAACAAUGCGAAGAAUAAGAUUUUAGGUGGUGGAGAGUAUGAUAACAGUAAAGGCUAUUUUGUCCAGCCCACUAUUAUUGAGACUGUUGAUCCCCAUGACAAGCUGAUGACAGAAGAAAUAUUUGGCCCAGUCCUAACAAUAUAUGUAUAUGAAGACCGUGAUGUUAUGAAGGCUCUUUCCUUAGUCGGCUCAUCCACUAAAUUUGCUCUAACAGGAGCUGUAUUUGCAAAUGAUAAAGGCUUCCAGCAAACAGCACUGGAGGAAUUGAAAACAACAGCGGGCAACUUCUACAUCAAUGAUAAGUCAACCGGCUCUGUUGUCGGUCAACAGCCAUUCGGUGGUGGCCGAAUGUCUGGCACAAAUGACAAGGCCGGGGGACCCAACUAUGUCAUGCGCUGGACCUCACCGCAAUCCAUCAAGGAAACAUUUGUUCCUCUCAGAGAGAUUGACUACCCUUACAUGAGAGAUUAAGCAUUGAGUUAGUAAUAUUUAUGCUCAUCCACUAUGUUACUUGGAGUACAAUAAUAAAACCAUAGCUUAAGAAUCAAACAAUAAUAGGUGUAGAAGUAUUAUAGUGAGCAAAAUACAUAUAUCAACUAACCGCUGAUAUCAUUAGUACUGUUGUUACAAUUUCAAAAACUGAUAUUUAAAUUAUUACAUUAGCUAACAUGUUGAGUAGACAAAAAUGUGUUAAUACAAUUACAUUAAAUUAGAUUUAAUUGCGUUACCUUGCGAUAUAGAAUCAUAGAUGUCAGUUUGUGUGAUGUAAUUGCUGCCAUUAGUCCGGCAGCCAGUGCCACUGUGGCACGAUGAGCUACAACGGGCACCCUGCCUUAACUAACUUUAUCAAAUGUUAUUUGCGUUGCCCUUGCUUAUCAUUCCUAUGCUCGCUACUCACAGCUUAUAUCUUAUCAGUCCGCUCUCUGAGACAACUGCAUUUAAACUUUUUUCUAUUUACUUAUUUAAAUAUAAAAUUGUUAGUGACCCUGUUGUAAAUUUUAUGCUUGUUUUUUAAAGAUUUAAGUUUAUGGAGCACUUGCUCGAUUCUCAAACAACAAUAAUGUUG